GUCCCUGGUCGCCGAAUGACUACAACGAUGAGUGCAAUGGUCUAUCUAUGGUGCACACGUGAGGGUCGUGUCGGCCAGCUGCAGCCUGGCAUGAGCGCGGUUGCUCACAUACUUAGAAUACCCGAAUGCCGAAAACAACGGUCCGGCACAAACGCUUUUCGUGGAUAUAAGAGGACUAUAUCUGGCGGAACAUACGUCUCGCUUGACGUUUCCUUCUCAGCUCAGCGAGCCCUAUACCACUCUCCAUCGCUAUAGCCACAGGAUACGACGAUGUCCUCGACAGCAGACGCCAAGAGGGAGAUUAUACGGUCGCGUCCGUUGGACGAGAACGAUUACAAGAUUGACGAAGAUGGACUCGCAUUCAUGAAGGCCCAGACGGGAAUCGAGGAUGAGGAAGAACUCAAGAAGCACAUCCUUGCUGUCCAAGCUGAAGCUUACGAGGUUCAUCCUUACCCAUGCAUCAGGCGCUUCACCUUCCUCCAGAUGAAGCUGGCGAGCCUGCCUGCGUACGAACGUUUGUUGACUCUAGGUAAGGAGCGUAAAGACCCUAUCUUACUGGACAUCGGAUGCUGCUUCGGUAAUGACAUCAGGAAGGCUAUUCACGACGGUUUCCCCAGAGAGGGAGUCAUUGCCUCUGAUCUGCACCCCGAGUUUUGGGAUCUCGGACACAAGCUUUUCAAGACCACGCAGGAAACGUUCCCUGUCCCCUUCAUCGCCGGGGACGCUUUUGAUCCCGCGUUCCUCGAGGUCACAGAACCCUUCUACAGCCCACCGAGCGAGCCCCGCCCGGCCAACCUGUCCAGCAUCAAGUCGCUGAACCCCCUCCGCGGUCACGUCUCUGCAAUCCACGCCUCGUCCUUCUUCCACCUCUUCAGCGAGGACAAGCAGUUCCAGCUCGCCAAGUCCCUCGCCGGCCUCCUCUCACCUGAGCCUGGUUCCAUGCUUCUCGGGACACACGGUGGCCGUCCGGAGAAGGGGUUCAGGACCGAGCAGCUUCGUCCGAACUCGCACGGGUCGACCAUGUUCUGCCACUCGCCCGAGAGCUGGGCUGAGCUGUGGGACGGGCAGAUCUUCAAGAAGGGGACGGUGAAGGUCGAGGCUCGUCUCGUGGAGAGAGGGCUCCAUAACUGGAAUCCAGAUGCGAAGUUCUACUUCCUUGCAUGGUCUGUCACUAGGCUUUGAGUCGGCGAUGGAGUGUGUUGCCGGACGUGCACCUCAGCCGAUUGAUCUGGCAUGGUUGUGAGAGUACCGUGUAUUCAACUACGACGGCCGUGUGUCGCUAGUAUUUGCCGCUUGCAGUAGCUAUUGUUGCG